AUGCCACCACGAGUGCAGCGUUUCUUUCUCAGGAUUUUGAAGUACAAUUACACAAUCGUGUUCAUUCCCGGCAAACAGAUGGCACUGGCGGACAUGCUGUCAAGGGCACCCGCUCCUGGAGACGGCACUGCCACGGACACCACCGAUGUUGAAAUUCACGCCGUCAGCGUGGUGUCGUCACUCGUCAGCGAAAGAACUGCCCUACGCCUCGCACAAGUCGACCAGCUGCGUGACCUGUCAACCAACUCCGUGACGGAGAGGCUCGGAGCGAUGUUCUCACGAUACGGCAUCCCAACAGAAGUGUGCACUGACAAUGGUCCCCAAUUUUCCAGCCAGGUGUUUGCCCGUUUCGCUAAGCUGUACGACUUUCAGCACGUGACUUCAAGUCCCCGGUUCCCGCGCUCAAACGGACUAGCAGAAAAAGGCGUGCAAGUGGUGAAAAGAAUAUUGAAAAAGUCCACCGAAGCAACGAAGACUUCUGGCUUGGUUUGCUUAGCUACAGAGCCAGCCCCUUGGAAGAUGGACGGCCCCCUGGCGAACUGCUUCAACGAAGGCGUUUGCGCACCCCUCUACCUGACUUCACACCGCAGCCAGUAG